UCACGCGCAUCGGCGGGCCUGCGUUGUGCUCGUUCGUUCCUGCCCGGUGUUGCGCGCCCGUCGUUGUUAGAGGGGGCGCCUGCCGAAGUCCGCAAGCCCCACCGGCUUUGCGGAGUGCAACGUGGUCGAUUCUUGUGCCUAUUCUUGCUAGCGUCGCGCAAUCCAACACAUUCGCGGAGAUUCCCGGGGAUCCGCUCUACCGCGCCGUGCUCCGCACCAAGGCGCAGGCGUCCUUACCUGCAGCUGACGCACAGGCGCCGGGUAUGGGCAGCUUCCACAGAUUUCGGCAGCGAUGGCAGGGCGCGAGAUGCGGCAUGGCGUUGCCUCCGGGCUUGGGGGGGAAGGGCGUGCGGGUGCGGUGCCCUAGUGAAGGCCUCGGGCUUUUGCUGCAAGGGCCGGCCGCGGCCCGAUGGCUAUCGUUCGCCCGGUAGCGAUUUCGUUCGGUUGGGUAGUGCCCUGGGCUGCGAGCCGUCACCGCCUAGCGGACUUCUGGGAGCGAAUCGCGCAGCGGGCCCGGCCCAUGUCUCCGGCCCCUGCCCCGACUGGUGGGGCCCGGCGCCCUUUCUUGGAGGGCUCGGGGAUACACAUCGCAACGAAACACCAGACGGAAAAGACGAAGCAGCUUGGGCAUUGCCGCCGCCUCCGUGACGCGCCCGCGCGCCCUCCGUCUCGCUCGCUGAUGGCCGCGCCGGGCGGUGCCAGCCAGGCAGCCGGCCCUUCCUUGCUUAUUUUGCCGGCAGGCUUUGUUGAAGGGCCUCGAAGCGGCCAGGGAUUGUCGAGCCCCCCCGGUAGCCGAGGCCCGGUUAGUUUCUUCCUUCGAUCCUGAAGCCUGGGCUCGUGGGGGGUCUGCCCGUAAUUGCCAACGAGUUGACCGCAAGCGCGUAAGCAUUCAUAUGCCCGGCCUGAGGGCGGUGGCGGCGCAGCGCCCGCAUUGUUUAUGUGGUUGCAGCCCUUACCCGAAUAUGGGCAAUGUGGUGCGAGCGAAUCCGUGGAGCCGCGGUCUUUUCAUAACAUGAAAAUGGAGCUGGCCACCAGCACCACUGGAGCUGGACGAGUGAGCCACCCACGCUUGCCCAUGCAGACGGGCAGGCGAAGGCCAGGCAUCAGCCUGAGGCCCUUAAUCAUGAUAGCGUGGUGGUGGGAGUUCAAUACAACUCGGUCAGC